AUAUGCAUCCUAAUUCUGACAGAAAUACAAUAUUUCAUGAUUCAUAGGUGUAGCCUACUAUCAGGGGGUCAACCUUGGGUCCCCGAACCAGAGCUUUGGACCCAUCAAAGCGCGUGGGUGGGCCCCCGUUAAGCCCCACGUGCUCCUUGUUGUCCAGAUUGGGCUCCUCCUGCAGCCUCAUUGCUUCAAUCAAGCUUCAGUCUAGUCAGGUCGAGAGAGGAGAGUGUGAUCACCAUCACCAUGCUGCUGGAGCCGAGCACUGGAGCCUCUUCAGGGGGCUUUUAACGCGCUUCAGGCGGGGACAGGGGUGAGAAAUGCGGGCGCUGAGUCUGAAGGAACCCCGCUGUUGUGUUUUUCUUCACUGUCAACAACAGUCCUCCUCCUGCUGCAGCUCCUCUCCGUUCAUUUAACGGCGCCGCACCGAGGACAUCCCUGGGACUAUGUGAGCACCAUGCUCGCUGUGAGAUGCCUGCUGUUCGCUGCAGUGUGUGCACGGUGCACCGUGACAGGUCUGAGGGAUCGGGUGAGUCUGGAAGGAAGACUUCCUCCUGCAGAAGAGGUCGUCCAGCCCAAGAGGCUCCUGCAACAGAUCCACUCCCAGGAGGAGCUGCUCCACAGCCGCCUGGACACCCGGGUCAGAAACCACACAGCCGGAGCUCAGCCGGUCCAUCUGGCCCAGAGCAGCUUCUUGGUGGAGGCCUUCGGCACGUCUUUCAUCCUUGACCUGGAACUCAACCACAACCUGCUGUCUACAGACUACGUGGAGCGUCACUAUGACGAGGAUGGGCAGCUGUCACAGAAUAUGGGAGGAGAGCACUGCUACUACCAUGGCUGUGUUCGGGGGCUGCCAGGCUCCUGGGCGGCUCUGUCCACCUGCCACGGCCUACACGGGAUGUUUUCUGACGGGAACUUCUCGUACGGGAUUGAACCUGUUGGCAGUGGUAAGGAGCAGAAUGACCACAUCAUGUACCGUAUGCCGGACAUUGACCUCUUCCCACCUCCCUGUCCAGGAUGCUCCGUGAACAGCACCAAGCCCGCAGGGCAGACAGACAGCCACAGUGAAGGAGACAGUGAGCUGAAGGAUGGAGACGACUGGUCUGAAGAGGAGGAGAAGAAGAAGCCCGUUUUUACAGAAGAAGGCCUGAGACGCUCAAAAAGACAAGUCAGUUUUCAGGUGCGGCGAGGUCAGCGCACCGUCCAGACGGAGACCAAGUACAUCGAGCUGAUGGUGGUCAACGACCAUGAACUGUUCGUGCAGCUCCGACGGUCGACCAGUCACACGAAGAACUUUGCCAAAGCGGUGGUGAACAUGGCUGACGCGAUCUACAAGGAGCAGCUCAACACUCGCAUCGUCCUGGUGGCCAUGGAAACCUGGUCUUCUGAAAACAGGAUCUCCGUGGGUGAUGACGCCUUGGUCACCCUGCGUGACUUCAUGAAGUACAGGAAGGAGAGCAUCAAGGAACGCUGCGACGCCGUUCACCUCUUCUCUGGGAGGACGUUCAUGAGCAGCCGCAGUGAGGCGGCCUACAUCGGGGGCAUCUGCUCCAUCACUAGGGGUGGAGGCAUCAAUGAGUUUGGCAGUGUGGGCCCCAUGGCCAUCACACUGAGUCAGAGUCUCGGCCAGAACAUCGGCAUGCUGAGGAACAAAGAGCGACUGGCUGCAGGAGACUGCAGGUGUCCAGACCCAUGGCUGGGCUGUAUCAUGGAGGACACAGGUUACUACCUGCCCAGGAAGUUCUCUCGCUGCAGUAUAGACGAGUACCUGCGAUUCCUCCAGCAGGGAGGAGGCAGCUGUCUCUUCAAUAAGCCCAGCAAGUUGUUGGACGCUUCAGAGUGUGGGAAUGGAUAUGUGGAGCCGGGAGAGGAAUGUGACUGUGGAACACUAGUGGAGUGUGCACGGAGUGGAGCCAACUGCUGUAAGAAGUGCACCCUUACCCACAAUGCCAUGUGUAGCAACGGGCUGUGCUGCAGGGAAUGCAAGUACGAGCUGAGAGGGGUGACGUGCCGUGACGCUGUCAACGACUGUGACAUCCCCGAGACCUGCAUGGGAGACACCAGCCAGUGUCCUCAUAACGUCCACAAACUGGAUGGCUACAUGUGUGAUGCUGGACAGGGUCGGUGUUACGGAGGUCGCUGUAAGACCAGAGACGGCCAGUGCAGGACGCUGUGGGGCUACAACUCAGCUGACAGGUUCUGCUAUGAAAAGCUGAACUCUGAGGGCACAGAGAAAGGAAACUGUGGGCCGGACUCCAGUGGUCAGGGAUGGGUGCAGUGCAACAAGCAAGACGUCCUGUGCGGUUUGCUGCUGUGCACCAAUCUGACAGACAGGCCGAGGUUCGGUGAACUGCAGGGGAGGCUCACCAGUCUCACCAUCCAUCACCAGAACAGAUACCUGGACUGCAGGGGCGGACAUGCGGUGCUGGAUGACGGCUUGGAUAUGGGCUACGUGGAGGACGGGACGCCGUGCGGGCCAAACAUGAUGUGCUUGGAGCGUCGCUGCCUCCCCGUCACCACCUUCAACCUCAGCACCUGCCCGGGCUCCUCGUCCUCACGCAUCUGCUCCCACCACGGGACUUGCAGCAACGAGGUGAAGUGUAUCUGCGAUUCAGACUUCACUGGGAAGGACUGUAGCGUGUUUGACCCAAUCAUCAUCCCCACCCCUUCAGACCCAGAGAAAUACAGAGGUCCCAGUGGUACCAAUAUCAUAAUAGGUUCGGUCGCCGGUGCAAUUCUGGUGGCAGCGAUAGUCCUGGGGGGAACUGGCUGGGGAUUUAAGAACAUCCGGAGAGGAAGAUCUGGGGGGGGUUGAGUCGUAUCUCUUCGCUGUCCUGUCUUCCUUACACGGUGUCCAGUCCGCUCUGAGGAAACAAAACAAAGAUGUCUUCCACUUACGAGCCCUCAGACCUUUUUCUGUUUCCUUUUCUGAUUUCCUUUUCUGUCUCCGUUGGGUUUUCUCCUCCUGGAAAGUCUAAUUAAUAUUUGAUUAACUGCGGUAUGGAAGCCCUGAGGACACAUUUCCACCAGAUCUGAAAGGCUGUCGGGGAUUGUCGACGUUGUCGGUAUCGCCUCCGGUUUCGUGCUCAUUUUUUAUUUGCUUCAUUUUGCCAAGGACAUACAAACACACACAUCCUUUAACUGAAGUGUGUUUACUCAACUUUUUGGUUUUCCUUUCACUUCCACUGGUUACAGCUGAUCUUCUGCCACAUCGACUGUUAUUGUGCUUUACCCCUUUAAGUGAUUUCAUGGAGGAACGCCAUGUACUUCUCCUAGUCUGGACUUACUUCUGUUUUAAUACAUGUUUAACCUCAUGGAGAACACAUUGGUGUGACUUUAACGGCAAUAGAAGUGUAUAAAUAUCACCAAAUAGUGAAUGUUGACAUUACCUGUCUAGAUGAGGGUUAUUUUUGUGUGCUAAAGGCUUUUACAUUCCACAGUAAUAGCCAUACUUUCUCCUCUUGUGCUGCCUUUCAUUAUCAAACACGAUAGUUCAUCCUAAAUCAAUGCUUCUACAUAAUAUGCAUUAAUGUAUGAAUGUAUAGUUCAGGCCUGCAAAGAUAGCUCGUUGUGUCUCCGCGCCGAUGACGUCCAAGUACUUUUCGGUACCACACACUGGAUGUUUUAUCCUGCUGUAUGAUAUGUUAUCCAUAUACAACCAAUAUGCAUACUAGUAUGCUGAACAUGGGUGCUGAUGUACAUAGUGUAUCAUAUGGUUGACUCAUUAAGACGGCAGUGACUCACUGCCGCUCUGAGUGGAAGCACAAGUCUGGAGAGAAGCCUCUUCCUGCCUCAGCGUAAAACUGCUCAUUUUGAAGAUUCAAUUAGUGAGAGAGGGUUUGAAUCUUUGCAGUUUAGGGAAGCUUGAGCUCCUCUUGGUUUCCAAGAUUGUUUGAUACCUGAUUAUUUGGGCCACAAAGAACGAUGUGUGAGUGUUGUACAUGCCUCUGAGGGAUUUUUAAGCUGAGAAAUUUUGGCAUAGAUCUAGGCUGGUUGUUUUGGUCUUAGUCGACUAAGAUUUCUUUAGUCGAUUAGUUGUUUUUUAUGCUGAAUGACUUAUUUCCAAGAAGCAUAUGAGCACAUCUCAAGAUUUAAAGUGGUGCUUUUAUGUGAUUCUUUGUGGAGAAACUCAGUUUUACAGAUCUGGGGCCUCAUUACAGAAACUUCCUAAGUCUGGAAUCCUAUCUUAUCUCAGUUUAGGAUGACAUUUAGGAUUUUUUGGUAUUACAGAAACAUGUUUCCUAACUGCAUUUAGAAAAAAAUCUUUGUUGGGAUACAAAUUUAGCUAUUGCAGAAGCGUUAGGAUAGCAUAGACCCCAUCCUAAAUUCAAAAUAGGUCUGUAUGGCAAUGACAAUAAAGAUGGGGAACAACAUGAACACCAAAAUAUAAUGAUUGAAAAGCUACUCAGACCGUAUGAUCACGCUUUAGAUUUUAUAUAUUUAUUUAAUUAAAAAGAUGGUGUUUCCUCUG